AGCUCCGCAGGUCAACGAGAGAGAGGAGAAAAUGAGGUUACGAGUAUUGACUUCUGAGGCAGUGACUAACCGGUGACCGGCCAAUCCAGUCGCCCUUGUUUGUCUUGUCCCUUUUUGACAUUUUAUUUUAUUUAAUUACUCUUCAGCGUGUUCUUCACCAACGGCUUGUGAGAAAAGGUAAAGUAGACCGAGAAGAGAAACCCUUGUUCGAUCUAUCGAAGAGCCAAUGAGUCGGGUUGACUAGGGUUUCUUUUCUUCCGCAAACAAGGCAAAGACUUGUUCGUUGCUCUCUCGCUUGAUUUCCUUCACCCGAUACGCGGAGAUCUGAUUUGAACUGCGUAUUGUUGGAUGGGAACUUCUUCUGGGUCUCAUCUCCAUCAUCAACCUUCACCGAAAAUGCUGCCUCCUCGUCAACAACCACGACCUGGAGGACUACAGACAUCACUAUCCCUGGUCCCACCCGAUGCUUGUGGCUCUCCCAAUCUUCAAGAGCGUGGCUCAAACUCUGAUCAAAUCCGCGAAUCUCCAUCAGAAAGUGCUAGCUCACGUGAAACCUGGCCCACCGCUGAUGCCUUGAUGGCGAAAAAACUGGAGAAGGAAAAGGAAGGGGAAAAUGGUUUUGCUGAACAUUCUGUUGUCCGCCAUAUCUCAAGCUCAGAUAAGAUGUCUCUGAGAGACGUGACCAGAGAAAGAGUGGAGGUAAUAUCCGAAAGAAUGCAGCAUCUUCCGGAUGAGUUUUUGGAAAAGCUUAAGUGCGAACUUCGGAUUGUUCUUGAAGGAUCAGGUGGUUCUUUGCAUAGGGAUGAGUUCCUAUUUAUGCAAAAGUUAGUUCAGAGUAGGAGUGAUUUGACAGAUAAAACAUUGAGUAGGGCACAUAGGGUCCAACUAGAAAUUCUCGUCGCGAUCAAGACUGGGAUUCAGGCGUUUUUGCAUCCCAGUGUUAGUCUCUCUCAAGCUUCCCUCAUUGAGGUUUUCCUUUACAAGAGGUGUAGAAACAUUGCAUGUGGGAGUCUGCUUCCAGCAGAGGAAUGUACCUGCGAAACUUGCUCUAUGAGAAAUGGUUUUUGCAACCUUUGCAUGUGUGUGAUUUGUACCAAAUUUGAUUUUGAAGUGAACACAUGCCGGUGGAUAGGUUGUGAUUUAUGUUCUCAUUGGACGCACACAGAUUGUGCUAUCCGUAAUGGGCUGAUUGGGAUGGGCCCUGGUGUUAAGGCUGGUUCCGUUCCAGCAGAUAUGCUUUUCAGAUGCCGAGCUUGCAGUAGAACAUCUGAGUUGUUGGGUUGGGUCAAAGAUGUGUUCCAACACUGUGCACCAAGUUGGGAUCGUGAGUCACUGAUUAGGGAACUCGAUUAUGCGAGUAGAAUUUUCCGUGGGAGUGAAGAUCCCAGAGGUAGGAAGCUCUUCUGGAAGUGUGAGGAACUCAUAGACAAACUGAAAGGCGGGAUGGCAGAACCUAUGGCUUGUAAAGUAAUUUUAAUGUUCUUUCAAGAGCUUGAGUUGGACCCAUCGAAAAAUUCAGAAAGCGAGGAAAGUGGUCGGCUAAUAGCUCCCCAAGAGGCAUUCAACAGGAUUGCCGAUGUUGUGCAAGAAGCCAUCAGGAAAAUGGAAAUGGUGGCAGAUGAGAAGCUGCGUAUGGUAAAGAAAGCCCGCCUUGCUGUUGAGGCUUGUGAUCAGGAACUCACCGAUAAAGCUAGAGAAGUGGCUUCUCUAAAGAUGGAGAGGCAGAGGAAGAAACAACAAAUCGAUGAGCUUGAAAGCAUCGUGAGGCUUAAACAAGCAGAAGCAGAUAUGUUUGAUGUCAAAGCCAGUGAGGCUAGGCGAGAAGCAGAGAGGCUGCAAAGGAUUGCACUUUCUAAAUCAGACAAGUCAGAGGAUGAUUAUGCCAGCAGAUAUCUGAAACAGCGUUUGAACGAGGCUGAGAAAGAGAAGCAGUACCUAUUUGAGAAGUUAAAGCUUCAGGAGAGUUCAAGGACCUCACAGAGCAGCAGUGGUGGAGGAAGCGAUGCAUCCCAGAUGCUAAUGUAUUGCAAGAUGCAAGACAUGCUCAAGAAUAUUUAUAAUGUACCCCCAAAGACAGAGGGCCAAUCAAAUGACCUCCACAACCUCGGUGCAAUUCCUUGAGUAAGUCUUUUGAUGGACUGUAUUAAGUGUCGCCGCUGUGUGAAAUUUCUAUUGAUUAGUUUGUACUUGCAUUAUUAGCGUAGAAAAGAGGGAAAUCACAUUUAAGAGCCUUUUAACUUUGUGAAGAUUAGUAUCUCAGUGUGAUGUUCUGCGUGCUGCUAUGUCCAUCUGGGCAAGUAUACUCUUUCUUGUAUGAUGUAAACCAAUUCUCUGAAAUGGGUGCCUGAUCGAUCAGCUCAA